AUGAAGACUAUUCAGGAAGCGUACCGGUGCCUGCAGUCAGAACUCCAAUUGGGGCCUCAAGAUUGGCCUUGCGCAAUCGGAAUGAUCAUGACAGCUCUUAAUGAAACGCCGUUGAAAAGACUUCGCAUAAGGGCCGACGGUGUAUAUCGCUCGCCGCUUCAAGUCAUGACCGGCAUCAAGCCGACACGCGUAGUGAUUCACACAACAUAUCUUGCAUAA